GCUGCGGGGCUGCCCGCCAUCCUGACCGCUGUCUCCGCAGGAGCUGCCCCGGCUGGAGAGAUGGCCGAGGAGGGCAGGGACGUGCUGGUGCUGCUGCCCACGGGGGAGCGGCUGCGGCUGGUCCUGGGGGUGCAGGCCACGGGGCGGGAGCUGUGGAGGCGGGUGUGCGACGAGGCCGGCCUCCGGGAGCCCCACUUCUUCGGCCUCUGCGUGGUCAAAAACAGCGAGUUCCUGUUCCUAGACCCCGAGCAGAAGCUCAGCAAGUGCUUCUCCCCGGACUGGAGCCGGGAGCGGCCUGAGGGCCGGCGGUCCCGGGCCCCCUUCGUGGCCUUCCUCCGGGUGCAGUUCUACGUGGAGGACGGGCGGCUCAUCAGCACCCGGACGGGCCGGCACCUGUACUACCUGCACCUGCGGGAGCGGGUGCUGCGGUCCCAGGGCACCCACUGCGAGGAGGCCUACUUCCUGCUGGCGGCCUACGCGCUGCAGGCCGACCUGGGCAACCACCGGGCCCGCGCCCACAGCGGGCGCUACUUCGAGCCCCAGGCCUACUUCCCGCCGUGGGUCAUCGCCAAGCGGGGCAGCGCCUACCUCCUGCGGCACGUGCCCGGCCUGCACCGUGAGCAGCGGGGCCUGAGCCCCCGGGAGGCUGAGCUGCGCUACGUCCGCGAGGCCUGCCGGCUGGAGGACGUGCCCGUCCACUUCUUCCGGCUGAAAAAGGAUAAGAAGGAAGAAAGGCCUACCAUCGUCCUGGGACUGACCCUCAGAGGAGUGCAGGUCUUCGAGGAGGUGAACCGCACUCGGCAGCUGCUCCAAGACCUGCCCUGGCACCGCAUUGGGAAGCUGACCGUUCUGGGGAAGAAGUUCACGAUCCGGCUGGACGGGCGGCCCGCGGCCCACAAGCUGGAGUUCCACACGGGCUGCGCCACCCGCUCCCGGCACCUCCUGCGCCUGCUCCGCGCCAGCCACCAGCUGCACCUGGCGCUGCAGCCCGCCCUGGCCCGGCUGCGGCUGGAGGAUGCCCACGAGCCGUGUUACCGGGAGACGUACAUCGGCGACCCGCGGGAGCCGGAGCCGCGCCCAGCGGAUGGCCCGCACAGCGGGGACGGUGGCCAGCGGCUGCCCCGCCGCCUCUCCCUGCUCUGGGCCAGCAGCCACGGCGGCUCCCACGCGUCCGGCGAGAUGUCCGUGGACGAGCCGGGGGCCGCAGCCCUGCCCGGGGAGGGGGCGUCCCUCCGCUCCAGCCUGGGUCCGAGCAGUGGAGACACGGCGGGGCACACGCAGGGCCCGGGGCGCCCGGGCGGCGCCUCUGGCCGCCGGGCGGGGGCCGUGGUGCGGGUCACGCUGGUCAGCAUGCGGGGCUGGAGCGCUGAGGCCCUGCACCAGACGGACACAGCAGACGAAGGCAUGUCUGUGGGACCAGUCUCUGCUGCCAGCUGCCACCCCGGCCCCGUCUCCCCGUACCCCGGCCAGUGCUUCCCCUGA